UACUCGAGCGCAAAUAUUCGUUUGCAUUUCAACUUUAAGUGUAGUAUGAGGGCGAAAAGUGAUAAUGUGCAGACGUACAGUACCACGUUCAGUUAGCGUUACAUAGUUUACUGAUAAUGUGAUCGGAGUGUAGUACACUUUGUCUGCGAAGUGCGAAUAUGCGUUCAUUUCGUCGUAAUAAUAAUUGUUACUUACACGUGUUAAUAAAAUGUUUUUCCCGUGAUGCGAGCAGGAAUGAAUAAACAACAUAGAAAAGUGUCUUCUAUCUGUGAUAAUUUUUAGAAAGUGCCUACCUAUACAUAUAAAAAUUGAAUCUCGUUUAAGGUGAAACUAUUUUGAAAAAUGGGACCUACAGAACUCUACAUAGUGCUAAGUAUCCUCGGACUAUUUGUGUUCAGUUGCAUAUGUUUCACUUGCUGCUGCAAUUGUUUCGGAGACCGAAGAAGGAGAAGAAAUGCUAAUACUUCUUCUGAUUCGUGUCUAUAUUGUUACGGCUGGCCAGAUUACGGACCCGGCGGAUGUUGGCCAUAUUCUCAUACUCAUAACACCGUAGCUACCGGAGAUUGUGAAGCUACUGCUACUGAUGCUGCAGCGUCGAAUGAUAAUCAAGGAUUUUGUUUUGGAUGGUGUGGUGGUGAUGAAGGAUGCUGUGCUGGCCAAGAAGGAUGUUGUGAUGGGAACGGGAACGGGAACAACGAUUCAGGCGGAUGCUGUGAUGGAGGCGGUGCAGGUGAUGGUGGCGGAUGCUGUGAUGGAGACGGUGGAUGCGAUGGUGACGGAUGUUGUGAUGGAGAUACAGGUGGUGGCGCCGAUGCAAGUGGAUGUUGUGAUGGCGGUGGAGGCGACGCUGGUGGAUGUGAUGGUGGUGGUGGAGAUUGCGAUUGUGAUUGCAGUGGAUGUUGACAUUGUUUUCUGUUAAGAUCUCCUGGAAAUUGGCCAGAAUCAAAAUGUUUCAUGCAGAUUUGCAUAAGGGUCGCAUUUAAAAUUCUAUAUUGGGUAUCCACCUAGACUCGUUCAAAGGAGAAAAAUUAUGUUUCUGUGGAUGGAUACUUAUUUCGACAAUUAACUAUUCCACUCAUGGAAUUUAUCGAGAUGCACGAAACAACUUCUUAGAAAGAAAACAUUACCACUAUUUAUAAAUUACUUUUUGGUACUUUCUUAAGUGACUUGACAUCCUUACUCAUUCAUGCUACGAUUUAUAAAAGUAUCCAAAAAGGUACAGGGAAAGAACCAGAAAAGUCAAAAAUUUUCAAAAAAAUUCACACCAAGGAGUGGAAAAAUGUAGUUCAUUUAGAUUUUGAGAAAAUUUGAUUUUUUGUAAGUAGCAAAAAUCGCCUCAUCUUAAUAAAAGAUUUUCAUCAAAUUUAAGUUGUUGCAAAACACUAAUUUUUCGAUUUUUUGCUCGACUUGUUCAAGAAAAUAGUGCUGAUUUUUCAACUCGUAACUAACGUAGGUACCUACCUAUUCCUUGAUUUUUUUUCUAUUAUGGAUUGGAGCAUUCAGAUACCUUAAAACGCCAUAAUACAAAAGUUUAAAAGAAUGACUUACUUAUCUGGUUUUUUUCGUGUAGGCAUACUCUUCGUCUUUGCUGUGCAUAAUUUUUUUUCUAAAUUUUCUUCUUUGUGAUUUGUGAUAAUUCGUAGCAUUGAAUUCAAAAAUGAAAUGUGAUUUUAUAAUUUGUAAUACUGUAUAGCCUAAGUUUAUUAAGUUUUACAUGAAGAUUAAAUUUUGUACGUAU